AUGGAGACCCGACACCGCUGCUCCAUCCUGUUCCUGCUGCUGCAGACGCUUGGAGCGUCCGCCAGCGAGCGUUUCGUGCUCACUCACACAGCCAACGUGAGUACUCUCCACUCGGGUCAGACGCUGGUGCCUCUAGAGCUCUCGUCCGCCGCCAUCACGGACCUCCUCACGACAUCUCAGGACCUCUCGCCAGUCACUUUGGACUCGUACGUGACUGGAGGCGAGUGGAUGCUCAACAACUGGAGCACACCGCUCUCACAGAUGCUUUCGAAAGGUGGAGGCGCCAAUCGUACGGUGCUGGUGGACGUGCAGUUCUCAGACGCGCUCGACGUGGCUGUCUCGCGGCUACUGAUACAGGCAGAUUCCACACCACUGGAGAGUGUGGACAUGUCGCUGUCUUUUGCGAACGACGCACUGGCAGAACUCUCGGGACUUGUGCAGGUUCAUUUCGACGGCGUAAAGGCGACGUUCGAGGACCAAUGGCUGCCAGCAGGGGUGGAUCUGAACCAACUGAUGAUCGAUGGAUCGACUGUAAAACACUUCGAGCUAGGCCCCACAGGGACGAUCCAGCAGGUUGUAAUCCGGAAGAGUAACUUAUCCUUCCCGACGGCAGUACUUGGGUCAGGAGUGACGACGCUUAUAUUGGAACAUAACAAUAUUUCGGGGCCGAUAGAGCUGACGAAAGACGAGUACACGCAGUUAUCGAACAUCUCGGACUUCAGAGCUACAGGGAACUCUGUGGAUUCGACGGGCAGCGGAUCAUCGUCUUGUAUUAAGGAAGAAUCGAUCGGCGAGUUGGCAAUUUGCAUUGUGAACGACGUGCAGGACACGAAUACUUCUUACUACACUGGAAGCCUGGACAGCGCACAAGCCGCUGGAUCUCUUGAGACACAAUCGGCCAGUGACACCAGCAGCUCUCGAAGUACUGUGUCGGUUACCGCGAUUGCUCUGGCUUGCGCGUGUACAGUGAUCAUCGUUGUGGUUCUCUCCUUCUUCCGUCGGUUUAAGAGGAAAGCGAGCAAAUUCGUCGACGAGCGAUUGACUUUUACGAAUCGUGAGGACGAUUUACUUGGAGCAGGUCGCAGAAGUGAACCCGAGUUAGAGCAUGCUCCAAGAGACUCGAAGAUCUUGGCGGACAUGGAUCUAGGCAAAGACCAAGUGACACUCCACAAGAAGUUAGGCAUUCAAGGUCUGUGGCUGGGCGAGUAUCAGGACACGAAGGUGGUGGCACUCAAGUUUGUGCCUCGAGAGUUGAACAUGGUCUUGGACGAACUGAACACAGUUCGACUGUCGUAUGCCCCGCUUCGACACGAUAACAUCGUGACCUUCCUGGGAUCCAGUUGGACAGAUCGUGAAGAAGUUCUCAUCGUGGUAGAGCACAUGUCUAAGGGCAGUUUGAGGUCGGUGCUGGCUGAUGAUACGAUCGAACUGACGUGGCCUCAACGGCUUCAAAUGUGCAAGGAUAUCUGCAGCGGAUUGGAUUUUAUUCGCUCGAUUCAGGGAAGUAAUUUGUCCCGAAAUCUCACGGCUAGGAGUGUGCUGCUUGACGCGCAGCUGACGUGCAAGCUUGACAUCUUCGACUACGCGUCGAGUCUUCGGACAGAUUUAAUACCUGUGCGGUCAUUCGGGAACGGAGAUAUCGCUAGUCGAGCACCAGAACUACUCAAGGGCGAGGAAAUUACACACGCAGCUGAGGUGUACGCGCUUGGUGUCAUUUUCUGCGAGAUUUCGUCGCGUAGAAAGCUGUUUGAGCACGUAUCGGAGGAGCGUGGCUCCACUAUGGCUGAUAUUUUUAUUGCAACCGAGGUAGUUGCACAACGCUUGAAGCCGUCGCUUGCAGAAGACUCUCCUGUUGGCUUGCGGGAGUUGGCAUUGCGUUGUAUGUCGUAUGUGCCGUCCGCACGACCGAAGAUUAGCGACAUCUUGAGCAUGAUUUCCAAGUAA